AUAAAUAUGUCAAAGGUCCUUUAAUUGUUGACGAGUCGCGGCAACGCGACCCGGUCCACCGUUCGUGAUUUCAUCUUCGUUGACUCCCAAUUCGGAUCGCAAUUGACGGCUUCGUCUCUCCCACCGUCCUUUCUUGCUCGGAACCGUGUGGGAGAGGAUGAGCUUCCAGGAUUUGGAGUCGGGGCGGCCGCUCACCGCACGGAGGGAUCCGUCGAACGGGCGGCAGGAUCCGACACAGGCCAUCGUGGCCGGGCUGUUCCAGAUCACUACCGCCGUCCGCAACUUCGAGCGCCUCGUGAACACGAUCGGCACUCCCAAGGACACCCCGGAGCUCCGCGAGAAGCUACACAACUCAAGGCUACAAAUUGGGCAAUUGGUUAAAGAUACCUCUGCCAAACUUAAACAAGCUAGUGAAACAGAUCAGCGUGUGGAAGUUAGUGCAAACAAAAAGAUAGCUGAUGCGAAACUUGCAAGAGAUUUCCAAAAUAUUUUGAGUGAGUUUCAGAAACUUCAUAGGCUUGCAGCUGAGAGAGAAACUGCAUUCGCCCCAUUGGUUCCCCAAGCAGUUGUUUCCUCAAGUUAUGCUGCAACUGAAGCUGAUGAUAACUCUAAUAGGACACUCGAACAACGCGCUGUGCUUGCAGAGUCUAGAAGGCAGGAGGUUCUGUUGUUGGAUAAUGAGAUUGUUUUCAAUGAGGCUAUUAUCGAGGAGAGAGAACAGGGCAUUCAGGAGAUUCAGCAGCAGAUUGGUCAGGUGAAUGAAAUCUUUAAGGACCUUGCCUUGCUGGUUCAUGAUCAAGGAGUUGUCAUCGAUGACAUCAACUCCCACAUUGACAACUCUCAUGCAGCAACCCAACAAGGAAAAAGCCAAGUUAAAAAGGCGGCGAAAACGCAAAAGUCAAACUCAUCCUUGAUGUGCCUGAUUAUGGUGAUUCUUGGGAUUAUCCUACUCAUUGUGGUCAUAGUUCUUUUAUCAUAAUCAUUGAGGCCGUAACAUACUUCAAUCUGGUCAGUUUGUCCAAUUCAGUUUCUUUACAGAUUAGCUGUGUUUCUGAGGUCAUCCUAUCAUGAACUAUGGUGUGCAGAAGCCUUGGCCGAGGUUGUAAUACGUUUGUUUCCUAAGAGUAUGUAAAGGUUUGAAACUUCUGUUGUUACUGCUUCCUACUCGUUGACAUCUGGUUUGGUGGUGUCAACGUGCUUGGUUUUGUCCCACGGGUGCCAUUUGUGCAAUCUUUGAUGUUGCCAAUAAUCCAAUUAUCUUGGUUUCCAUGGGAUUCUCAGCUGUAUAAAGUGUUUCAAUGCAAUAAUAUAGUAGUGUGUGGAUGUGAUUAUUUUUGUUA